AUGAAAGCAUUCAACCGCCGUGCAGCUCUUGCCGCUGCCUGCAUCACCGCCCUGAUGGGCAGCACCGCCAUGGCGCAGGCACCUGCGCCCGCCGCCUGGCCGACAAAGCCCGUGCGUAUCUGGGUGCCAUCGCCUGCUGGUACCGCACCUGACAUCAUGGCCCGCGUUAUUGGCGACAGGCUGUCCAAAACCUGGGGCCAGCCGGUUAUUGUUGAAAACCGUCCAGGGGCGGGCGGCAUGAUCGGCCUGGGCGCCAUCAAGAAUGGCCCGCAGGACGACCACACCUUUGCGUUUGUCGCGGCCUCGGUGCUCACGCUCUCGCCCUAUAUGUUCAAGACUUCGCAAGGCGACGUGACCCGCGAUUUCGUACCUGUGGCAUUGGUGGGCGAAAGCCCGAUGAUGCUUGCGGUCAGCGCGUCUUCACCGGCAAAUUCUCUGGCGGAUGUGGUGGCCCUCGCGAAAAAGGACCCUGCCAAUUUUGUGGUGACCUCGCCCUUCAUUUAUUCGGUGCCGCAUCUUGCCGGCGAAGUGUUGUCCAAGGCCGCAGGCGUGCCCAUGCGGGCUGUGCCCUAUGCCAACAGCGGUGCAGCGAUUGCAGCCGUCAUGAACAACGAUGCACAGGUCAUCAUUGACGGCAUCCCGCCCAUUGAGCCCAUGGUCAAAGGCGGCAAGUUGAAGGCGAUUGCGGUGUUUUCCGAAGCCCGCCUGCCCAACCGUGCGCAGACCCCGGUGGUGGGCGAAAACUUUCCGGGCAUGGUGAUCAACGGCUGGUUCGGCGUGAUUGCGCCCAAAGGCACGAGCGACAGGGCGAUUGACCGUGUCAACCGCGACAUCGCUGCGGCCGUGAAGACGCCUGAAUUGCUCGAGCGCUUUGACGCCCUUGGCGUAUAUGCGAAAAGCAUGACGCCUGCGCAGUUUGGCAAGUACUGGAACGAUGACCGCACGCGCUGGGAGAAAGUGUUGCAGGACGUCGGUGCGAAGCCGCAGUAA